UGGGAGUAUUUGCCAUGUCAAAUUCUGAAUCUAUUUUUACCAUCAAUCACGACAAUGAAAUGCUUCAAUACGGAAUCAUAUUUCUGGCUUUAUCAGCCCCUACAAUACCUAUUUUCAUUGUGAUUAUGAAGGCAGUACUCAAUAAGGAUAAACAAUCUGCAAACGUGACAUAUAAAUUGAUGAAUCUGAUUAAUUUUCUGCAACUGGUGCAAGCUUCUGGGCAUUUUCUCACAGCGCCAAUAUUAAUUUUUCCCAAUCUUCUAUCUAGAUUUGAUUUUGUUAUAAGGACAAUCGGUUGCAUUAUGAACUCUUUUUGGGUUGCCGAUCUUCCAGUAAUGACGCUACUUGCUGUCUGCAGAAUUUUGAUAUUCAGCAAUAUAAUCAACGCUAAAAAGUUUCCCUUUCCUAUCAAAAUUGUAUUAUUUUCACUCAUGUCGUGGAUAUUCUUUGUAAUAGUUUCUGGGAGCAUAACUCAAAACAUGAAGUUCAGUCCACCGUGGUGGGGUUACGAUUAUGAGAUGCCUUAUGCAGAAGUAUUUGAUUCGAUCGAAAUAUAUCUGAGUUUUCCCUGCCUGGCGAUUUCUUAUCUCGCAUAUCUGAUUAUUAUAUUUUUGAUCUAUUGCAAAAAUAUAAAAAGCACAGCAAAAUCUCGAAAAAUUGAAAUAUCAAUUCUCCUUCAAUACACAUUUGUGACAACUUAUAUAACUUUUAUGGUAAUUAUUUGGCAUCCAACGCUUUUUUCAUUGUUAUCAUUUAUUGAUAUGAGUAACAAAAGGAAUCAAGCAAUUUUAAAUGGCCUUUGGAUUAUUCACUGUUAUGUUAAUCCAACGAUGUUGCUGAUUUUUAAUAGAUCAAUUCGGGAAGACGUUGGAAAUGUGCUGGAUAAUCAGAUGAAAUGCGGAAACAAGGUUAAAGCAGGGAUCGUGUCAAGGUUUAUUCAAACUUGAUUGCAAGAAUAUAUUUUGAACUUUGAAACAAUUACAGUGCAUUAAAUAAAAAUGAUUUAAAUUUU